CGUCGUCGUUGCUAGCUAAUCCCGUAAUUUAACCAAAUUUACACGAACCGUUCACCAACUUUUGACCGGAAAGAUGAAGUGGAAGUGAUCAAUCAUUCUUGUAUUGGGUUACUCAGGCUUGUGUGACAUCUUUACGCUUGUUAUGGGCCUAUAAAUCAACUGUUAGUCAUUUUAAAAUCGAAAUGGGUAAGACCGAAGACACAAACAAUAACCGAAGCAGUUCAUUGUUUCUCUUUCUAAAGACACGCAUUUAUAGGUUUUUGCUAAAAAAGUAUGUUACACUGUUCAUAAACAACUCACGGGAUUGUUUAAAACUACAUUUACAGUUUAAUGCUCUUAAUUUCAGCUAUAAAGACGGAUCUGAGUUUGCUACUUGAGUGUCUGAAGUGUCAAAUGAAAAGUCCUGAUCUGCAGAAACAAGCUCUUCUUACUAUUCACUCCAUCUGUGAAAACAAAGGUAACGAUAAAAAUAUAAGUUAUGCAGCUCUCUACACUUAUCAUUCAAUUGUCUGAUAAGUUUUUGGACACAAAUAUUCAAAGUCAGUGAUACACUUCAGUUUCAAACAGAAAACUUGCACACUUCAUGUUUACAUUGCCAAAUGUUCUUGUGUUUCAGAGGAAAAUGUUGACUUCUUGAGACAAAUGGGGGGUGUGUCUUUCAUGUACAACCUCUCCAAAUCCAGUAUUGUUCAUCCAAAUGUGAAGGAGGCUGCUCUCUUUACCCUCAGCACCCUGGCCGAGGCCAAUGGUAAUAUAUGUACUGAGGCAUGUCCACUUUAAAGUUGACAUUUUCACAUUUUUAUUUUAAAUAAUAAACCAUUUUCUAUCUCUUAGUGUAUUGCAAGAAUUCUCUGUGCAGAAAGGAGACAUUUUCAGACCUCGCUGAGUGGUUGACGAAAGAAGAUAUCCCACUGACACAUAAGAGAGUGUCUGUCUAUCUGCUGUCUGUGUUGGUUGCCAAUAACAGUAAGAUCAAGACUCCACAACUGACCUUAUGAAAGCUACAAGAGCAGCUAUUUAGUUCAAGUGCACCAUAAUUUAAAUGUUAUUCCUUUUGGUUUAAUUUCAAGUUUAUAGAAGCCUUUUCUUAUGCAAUGGAUGAAACGUAAUAGGGAGAGAAAUUCUGGUGUUAGGUUUGAGAGCGCAGCAGUUGUGGUUUUAAUGCAGUCAUGUUGAAAUAAGAUGACUGUUUUUACUAUCACAGAAUCAGGACAGACUUUAGCCCAAACCACUGGCUGCUUGGAUAUUCUUCUUGACAUCUUCAGGUAUUUUUAUGAUGUUUAAUACAGUAAUCUUAUAUGGCUAAACAUCCUUCUCAAGUUUACAGAGGUUUGUUAAAGUUCUGUCAGAAGUUUUUAGAAAGCAAAGCAGAUAUAUAUGAAUUUAAUAGUCUGUAUCUUCGCAGGACCACUUUCCCCCUCUCCACAGAGACUACAUUCAGAGCUGUUGAUGCCACCCAAAUGUGUCAACUUUGGGCAUCUUCAUGCAGUGCUCUUUGUGGAUGUGUCAACAAUCCCCAGAAUGGUAAUGCUAUUUGUGUCUGUCAGACCGAGAAGCAUUUCAUCUUUGCUGUACUCUCAUGUCAAACAAAUAUGCUUUAACUUUAUAUCAAGUUAUGCUGCUGAGUUGUGUCUUCUUUAAUCUUGUAGAGGAGGGUCAGCGUAUCUGUGUGGCAGCUUUCCCCGUCGUAAAAACCUGGCUUCAGCAGAUUGAUUUGUCAAGAACUGAGAUUUUCCAGUCUGUAUGUUCCUUCAUAGCAAUGACAGUUGCCAACAACUGUAAGUUAAGAUUGUAGGAAACCUGUAACUUUAUCCCAACAUAAACCCCUGCAGUAGCAAUAAAAACCUGGAGUAUGAGACUGACUUAAGUCCUUGUUUUUACAGUCUAUGCUCAGGAGAGUUUUUCUGCCUCAGGGGGUCUGGACAACCUCUGUUUUGCACUGGUUCAACUGGCCUCUGCUGCAGAUACAAGCUUGUUGUCAUGCCAGCUUUCAGUCACUCUAUCCAAGACGCUGUCAGCUUGCAUCACAGACAACCGUGGGUAUUGCUUUUACACACACCUUACAGUUCACUACAACAAACUCUCUCUUUCACUAAUCAUUUCUUCUCUGUAGCUUCUCUUGCCUCAGGUCUGGCGCCGUACGGAGUGGUCUCCCAGCUUUUCUUCCUGCUGGCCAGUCCACACCUGAACCCUGAGGAGAGGCUUUCUGUGUUGCUCACUCUGGGCCUCUGCACCGUGGCCUCUGGUAAGACUGCACAUCAGUGUACAGAACAAACCUGACAUUGUCUUGUAGAGUCUGAGUGUUGCACUUAAUUUUUUAUGACCUGCUGUGUGUAGUUUCUUGCGAGUUUUACUUGUUUAUUUAUGCUCUCUAUUUAUACUGUGUGUCCUCUGUUUGUAGAGGAGCACCAAUCCCAGUUGGUGCAGUGUGGAGGCCUGCCCUUGAUCAUAACUUUGCUCACUGAAGAUACAAGUGAGGAAGUUAGAAAAGCUGCUACAUUCAUAUUGCAGACCUGCAAACAGGCCAGUAAGUCAAGCUGUUUUAUUGUAUAUAUUGUAUUGUAUCAUACAUCACAUUAUAGAUUUGUUAUACAGUCACAAUUGAGUCAGUCUUGUCUAUUAUAUUGCAUAUUGGUGAUCUAUUAUCAGAGAUGGAUUCUUCUGAUGCCCACUGAACAUAAUCAGUAGCUCAGUGUUACCAUUGCUCUUACUCUUUUGUAGAAAGAGAUUACAGUCUGCAAAGUAUUGAUGGGUGUUUUCGGUCCAGGGUGAUAAGUGUGUUUUUGAGGCUGUAGAGAUUGGGAUGAUAUUCCUCUGAAACCAUUUCUUUGUGGAAGUGUUUUCAUGCCUCUUUUUGGACAUUAACAACAAGUAAUUCUCUGAAUAUCUAAAAAUUAGAGAAGACAAAGAGAAUAAAGACAACAAAAUGAAGUUCUGACGCAGAACAUUGAGCUUUCCCGAUGAUAUUUGUGUCUUUGUAUUUGUAGCCAUGUCUUUGGAAGUGCCAGGAUCAAUAAAGAAGCUAGGGAAGGGUGAAAACGUGGAGCCUGUAACAAACAUGGAGGGCUUCAGGAGUUCUGCAAGAGAGUUUCUGCAUAGGAUUGAUCUGCUAGAAAAGAGACAGGCAAAGGUCAGGCAAACAUUCACUCACAUCAUGUACAGUACAUGUACGGUACAACCAGUUUGAAGCACAGCGUCUCAUUCUGUGUGUACAUUUUUUGGCUUAGGAUGUACAGGAGGAUAUAGACACAUCAGCUGUAAUUAAAGAACUAGAAGAACCCACCACACCUCCAGCCGUUCUUGUGCCUCUGCAGCCGAGGAAGAGCAUUAAAACUGUCUCUGCCGCUCAUCGACAGACCGGCACUCUUACACAUUUAGAAGCAAGAGGAGAAAACGACAUUGAGCGUCAUAGCAUGAGAAGUAUGCAAAAAGAGAAGGCUGAAAACAAUCAAGGUGAUGUGUUGUGUCAUGCAUGCAAAGGCACUAGAGAGCCAAUAAUGUCCCAUGAGUGGUCACCAGAGGGAGGCAGAGCACAUCAAACUGCAGACAAGUUAGUAGUAGCUCUUGUUGUGGGUCGCCUACAAAUUAGAAAAACUUGAUGAAACAAAGCACAUAUAUUUAAGUUCUUCCAUUGUUUUCCUUUUUGUUUAGUAAGAUGUUUAAACUCCCAGCAACAGUGAAACACAGCGUGCCAAAGGAAACGAUGAGGGAAAAAUACUGUGAAGAAGGUGAGAGUUAAAGCUUUGCACCUUCAACACACUGUUGUAAAAGGUUUUGUCCUUAAAUGAAAUAUAAAGUGAUGAAUUAUUGUGUUUAGAGUUACAGGACCACAGGAUGAGCACUGUUAGGGAAAUGUCAAUGAAGAGAGAUUCACCUUCUCAGAUUCGGUGUGCAGGUAAGAGUAUGUUAUGUUGCAUCUUUAAAAAUGCUUUUCAUCUUGUAUUAUUCAAAUAUUGUUGGGUAUUAUUGUCUGACUCUGUUCUAACAAUAUGGACUGUGUCCUGUUUCUGUUAAUGUUGCUGCAAUAUGUAGAAUAAACCGUACAUUUCAGCUUUUGACUUUUGGGAGAUAAAGGAUGUGGGAGUAGUUUGGCCUGUUUCAUUUGCUAUACCAGUUAAAGUAUUUGACAAGUGGAAUGAGCCAUGUUAAUGUCGUAUUUUAAAGCACAUCCUAUAAUGUCUUUUCUGUCAUAUAAAAAUGUGUUAAUUCUACAUUCCAUUCCUGUUCUAUGCUCUCAUUUAGGCUGUGUGCUGCCUUUUGAGGAGGUGACCAGUCAUACUUUCUCAUCCCUCCAAAACUCCUGCAAACACAGCUGUGACAUGCACAAAGUUCUCCAGGAGGCCUCAGAGCGAUUCAGAGCUUCUCACUUUUUGUGCAAGAGAGAGCACCGGGACAACAGCAUGAAUCAGGCCCACCAAGACUCUGCAAGACUUUCAGCAGCAGCAGCAGCAGAGCCACGGAGAAGCAGGAAGAACUGGAGUGGUAAAGGUGUUUAAUCUUUAAAGUGCAGAACACUCUGCUCAGAGCGUUCAUUCCAGCGCCACAUUUUAUUCUUAUAAGUUACGUAAGAUGAAUUAGAGAACAGUUUCAUGUCAGUUCUUUUCACACUUGAAGAGCGCUUCCUAAAUUUGGUUAGUUCAAUUCAAAGUUGGCAAAAUGAACUUUUAUAGCCUUGAAUCCUGAUGAAAUCUGAUUAUUAUUUUAGCAAAUGUCACUGUGCCAAAAAAAAGAAGAGAUGGCGAUAGAAGAACUAGUUAAACAAGUUCACUUCUCCGUGCUUUGCUGUGUAUCGGUAUCAUGUUGCUUUACUGCGACCUGGAUGGAAGUUUACAAAUCAAAGCAGAAGAUCCAGUAUGGUCGCGUAGAUGCUGUUUCACGAUUGGUUUCAUUUCUUUAACAUCCCAUCAGUGUUGUUACUCCCUCUUAUGAAACACGUGCUGCUAUUUCUUUUUACUACUGUACUUUCUGAGUUUCUCUUUCCUGUCCAGAGGUCUGCCUGACUCCUAUACAUAGAGCCACAGGGAAAGGAAAGAGCUUCCUGUCAGAUAACAACUGGAAGAAGCACAAUGGUAAGACGUGUGCAUUAAGAAGAUUUCUAUAUAGUUCCUUGAAACAUACACGUCAUCUGUAAGCUACUGGAAAUGAACAUUUUAUGGUCAAAUCAAAAAUAAAUAGUUGAAAGUGGUUGACUUUGUAGAGGUACAAACAAAAGCACGAACAAACAGAACUGAUGCGAUAGAAGUUGGCUUUCUUACACGGCAAGACAAGCUUUUCUGCUCUAAAAAAAAUCACCACACGGCUCAAGGAAGCAUUUUGUCUUUUGUGAAAAGUUGUACCUGAGAGCUUGGAAAGGAACGCAAAUGAAUCUCUUUGCCAUCUUGAUCAAAUGGACGACACAGGAAGAAAACAAAAAAACAUAAUAUUGAAAAGUUUUGAUCUGUAUGUGUGCCUCCUCCAAUCAUAGGCAUCACUUUGACUCCCCUUCACAGAGGAGCAACAAAAGAGACAUCAACCUCUCACAACAGGACUGGUAUGUGAAUGACACUAUCAGAGCUGUGUAUCAUUGAUUGUUUUUACAUUUGUCACACUUGACGGCAUUGAUUUCACCACUCCUCUCCUCAGGUCCAGGCUUGAAUCCCCUGAGAAGGUCUCGUCCUGCUGAAGGUAAACACGCAAAACCAGAAUUGUGUAUUUACAGAAGAUUACUCGGAGUUUGUGUGUGAAUGUUGUGAUUGCGAGCCUGUGGUGGGAGCUGUCCUCCGCUCUGUGUUGUUGGCAACAGACAAUCCAGAGCAGGAGGAAUGUUGAACCGAAGCCAGUGUUUCUCACAGCGCAGGCCAGAGCUGGUUCAGAGCCGCACAGCUGUACGAAGCUGUUUCACACUCUGUAAAACACACUGUCUGUCUGUCUUUGUGUGUGUUUGUGUGCGUGAGGGAGUGAGAGAGAGAGCGAGAGAGAGAGAGAAAGAGGGGGACAGAAACAGAGAAAGGGUGUGUUCUGAUGCUUUUGUAUUACACCAGUGACAUGGCACUACCAUGUCACUUACAUAACGCGGAAAGAAGAAGAGACACUUGAGAAUUCUGUACGAGCAUCGCAUUCACUUCACUGUAAUGUCAAAGUUUCUAUAUCUUCAUUUUUCCCUCUUUGAGUCAUGCUUUCCAGUUUUGCCAGUUCACAGGCCCUCAGACAGACUUUUGGAGAGGCAGCGAGGCUCUGUUUUUCUUUUUGUGCUGUGGAGCUGAGAUUUACUGUAUCUUUAUACCUCUCAGCCAAAUGCAUUUUCCAAUGCUCACUACUCAUUUGGGAGAGUUUAUAGUUUUUCUUCCACUGCACUGUCCAGUUCUGUUUCUCUUUUCCUCUGGCUUCUUUUUCUAUCAAACUUUUGUCCAUCCAUCCAUCCUAAUGUUGCCAUCUUUUGUCUAUUCUCUUGCUUUUGCAUACUUCAUCAUCCGUCCUCCUGCUCCUGUAUUGUUAUGUUUGUUCUGCAGCUGUAUCAGCCACAACUGGUGAUGCAUUUUCCCUCUAAUGAGGAGGACAAAAGAGAAAAGAGUAAUUGUCUGAGAAGAGUCUGAGGCCAGUUUAUGAGUGGAAGAAAACAAGGGAUUAUCUCAGACUUCUGACACUAACACAAACAAACUUUUUUUUCAUGUUUUAGAUACGGAGAGAAGAGAAGAAAAAAGCAGCGGGCUACGUACUCUUGGUGAUGAAAUGGAGUCUCACACAGAUCUCAAUUCAAGUGUGAGAGACAGGAGUUACAUAAUAUUUUCACGAUCUGAAUAGUUUACAGUGAAAAAGUACUGCGUUACAGAACAUGAAAAAUCAAACUACUUCGUUGAAUGCUGACGCAAAACAGGGUUGAUAAUACUGACCUAAUAACUGUAAUGAAGAUGAAAAUAGUACAGAGUAUGCAUUAAAUUUAAGAAACACAAAAUUUUAAAAAUAGAGGGCACUACAGAGGAUAUUAAAAAUCAUCAGUUGUUUAAGGCAUGUGUGAUGAGUGUGUUUAGCAUCUUUUGCAAAGUCUUCAGUGUUCUGAUAUUUUUAGAAGUUUAUUCCAUAACUUUUUCCCACCUACCUGACUUUAGCUGAAUCUUUAGGGUCUGUUGGAUUUAACAGGGGUACUUUCUAGCAGCUGAGGAUGGUGGUGUUCUGGGAAAUGAGCAACUGAGGGCUUUUUAUGUAGAGGAGAUAACCUAAAAUGAGUUUGAAAGAAAACAGGAAGCUCCUCUUGUUUCUGGUAAACAGCUGAGCUGAAGUAUUUUGAAAUUCUAAGAAAAAAGAAGAAGAGGCAACUUACAGUAAAAAAAAACAACAGGAUUGAAAUUUGAGAAUCAUUUCCCUUUCCGUGAUGCUGAAACCAGUCUCAAUUUGAGCGUCUUCAUGCUCUGACACUGCAUCUUGAUAUUAUAGUGAUAUAGUAAGGUUCAAAUCUUCUGUUAAGUGGUUGAUAAGUGUUUUAGAAGAUCUGCUAAUUCAUGUUAUAAAAGCUCUGACGCUCUUUAACUAUGACGGUGUAGUGCAAAUUUAAAAUGUACACACAUAAUCAAACCCACACACAGAUCAGACAUGAAAAGUUAAGUUCCAACCUGACUUUUUAUGGCUUACACAUUUAUGAUGAAACCAGUCGGUGCCUGGAGGCUAGGAAAUCAAUCCUGAACUACAUGAUACUUUUCUCAGAAAGCCUACAGGGAAAAAAUGCACUGUGCUUUUCAUGAGCUAAAAUUAGCUGAAUUUCCAGUAUGGUCUAUUAACAUCAGUCACACAGUCAUCUUUAGAAGAUGUUUUUCAGUAAGAAGAGCAAAAUAUAGGCAAGUUUUGCAGGCACAUUUUGCCUACAUUUCAUGGUUUUUAAGGUUUAUGCCAUCUGUUUGUAAAGCGUAUUAUUGCCAGGCUUUGUGACUUGUUGUGGCACAAGAGUUAAUAAAUCAAUAUGACCUAUGAGUGAACUGAACAUUUGUGGGAACUAAAUACUGUCAGAUGUGUGUCUAAAGGCUUAGUCUGUCCUGAAAUCCAGACUCUGCUGUCCAGCUGACACACUUUUCCCUCAUAAACUUUUUGCCUCCUCUGCUUCUUUUCAUCAUUACUCAGAGAAGAAAAAGGAGAGACUUCAGCCACUCUGAGGUGCAUUACCUGCUGAGUGGAGUAGAAACCUUGGGCUUCUCCUGGAACUCUAUCCUGUGGUCGUACCCCUUCCAGCCUGGGCGCACCAAUGUCGACCUGGCCAAGAAAUACAGGCAGUUAAUGGUAACAGGAGAUACUCUCUGCCAAGCUGACAUCUGAUCUUUCCCAUCUUAACUUCCAAACUGCAUAUUUCUCAUGGAUUGAUUGAUAUUCUUACUUUCUUUUCCAACAGAAAGCGAGAGAAGCGAAUGUGGACCGCGCUUAAUCCUGGUCCUGACAUCUUGGCACAGCCCUGCUCUGUUAUGGUUUGUUUGAAUAGUUUGAUUUAUCUAAAACACCUUAUCUCUCUUCGGCCGAACACUUAAUGUAUUUGAUAAAUUCUGAAGAUAUGUCAACUUCAUAUGCUCAUGGAAAUUGUGUUUAUAUAUUUAUUUAUAUUUAUGUCGUUUUCUAGUAUUUGAGAUCUCAAUUUUGCUACUGAUGCUGUUAAAUAUUUGUAUUUAUUUAUUUAUGUUUAUGUUGUUUUCUAGUAUUUGCGAUCUCGAUUUUGCUACUGAUGCUGUUAAAUAUCUGUAUUUAUUUAUUUAUGUCUAUGUUGUUUUCUAGUAUUUUUAGAUCUUGAUUUUUCUACUGAUGCUGAUAAAUACUUGUUUAUAUUUAUGUUUAUGUUGUUUUUUUAGUAUUCUUAGACCUAGAUUUUGCUACUGAUUCUGCUACAUAUUUGUUUUUCCUCAUUGAAGCCAAUAAAGUAGUUUCUCAGCUGUU